AUGAAGCCAGCUGGGGGCCGCCUGCUCCUCCCGCUGCUGCUGGCCGCGGUGCUGACGGGAACCCGCGCUCAUCCUGUGCCAAGGGCCACCAGGCUCCCAUCAGAUGCAAAAAAAUGCCACCUAGCCCGGUUCAAAUCUCUGGCCCCGCAAGAGCUGAAGGCCUUCAGGAAUGCCUCGGAUGCCAUAGAAAAGUGGCUGCUCGAGAAAGAUGUCAAGUGCAGCUCCCGCCUCUUCCCCAGGGCCUGGGAUCUAAAGCAGCUGCAGGUCCAGGAGCGCCCCAAGGCCCUGCAGGCUGAGCUGGCCCUGACACUGGAGGUCCUGGAGAACUUGACUGACUCAGCCCUGGGCCCCAUCCUGGACCAGCGUCUUCACACGCUGCGCCACAUCCAGUCCCAGCUGCAGACCUGUACACAGUCUCAGCCCACAGCAGAGCCCGGGUCCCCGAGUGGCCGCCUCUCCCUCUGGCUGCACAGGCUCCAGGAGGCCCAGGAGAAGGAGACCCCCGGCUGCCUGGUGGACUCUGUCACUUCCAACUUCGUCCGGCUGCUCAUGGGGGACCUGAAAUGUGUGGCCAGAGGAGAUCAGUGUACCUGAGCUCAGACCCUCCUGCCAGCU